GCAAAAUUUUAAAGUUCAUACAAAUAUUAGAAAUUUAGAAAUUAAGUUUGUUUUUAAUAAUAAAGUUUCAACGACUCAAUUAAAAGUAAUUAAAGCUUUGAAAACAUUAAAGAAAAUAUUUUGUAUAGAUUACAUCAUUAGACUAAAAUAUUUGAAAUUAUUGUUGAGCUUUAUAUCUCAUCCAUCAUGGGAAAUAAUUGUAGUUGCUUGAGGGAAAGCAAUACCACAGAAUUCGAAUCUAUUAUAGGGUCGAAUAAAGCAUAUUAAAUAGAAUUGAAAGAUAAGCACUUUUUGAUAAUAUAACAAAUGAGCAAGGAAAUAGUUUUAAUUUAGGCCUUUAUUAGAGGAUUUUUAGCUAGAAGGAGGGUUAAUUAAAUAAAAAAGAGAAAAUAUAAUGAAAAGGUUAACGAAUAACUUACAACAUAUAGCUCAACUAUACUAAAUUUUAAUUCUAGAAAUAUUGCUCCUUUUUUUUACGGAUUUGAUGAUUAAGAUGAUCCUAAUAGUCACUUAAAAGAAUUUAGAGGUUCUACAGAAUUAGAAAACGGUGCUAUUUAUUUUGGUGAGUGGAUAGGUGAUGUGAGAUAUGGAAAAGGAAUAAUGACAUGGCAAGAUGGAUCAAAAUUUGAAGGAUACUUCAAAAAUAAUAAAGCUAAUGGAAGAGGAAGAUUGGUUCAUGCUAAUGGAGAGAUUUAUGAGGGAGAUUGGAAGGAUGAUAAAGCGCACGGAUAUGGUGUUUACACUCAUUUAGAUGGAGCAACUUACGAAGGAACUUGGAUAAAUGAUUUGCAAGAAGGUGAUGGUAUUGAAAGAUGGCCCGAUGGAUCAGUUUAUGAAGGUAAAUAUAAAGAAGGUAAAAAGAAUGGCACAGGAAGAUUUACAUGGGCUGAUGGAUCUUCUUAUGAAGGAGAUUUUAAAUCAAAUAAUAUUGAAGGUAAUGGAAAAUAUAGAUGGAACGAUGGUAAAUAGUAUGAGGGAGAAUGGCUUGAAAAUAAAAGACAUGGAAAGGGAGUUUUUGAAUGGCCUGAUGGUAGAAAGUAUUCUGGUGAGUUUUAUAAAGACUAAAAAUAAGGAUUUGGAGUCCUAUCAUUCAAUGAUGGCAGAAAAUAUGUCGGUGAAUGGAAGGCAGAUAAAUAGCAUGGAAAAGGGUAAUUCCAUAUGAGCAGUGGACAUGUUAAAGAAGGAAUAUGGGAAAAUGGUAAACGAGUAGGAGAUGUUAGCAAUAGAUCCUCAGUUGUCAAUUCAGCUGUAUCCCAAAAUAAUAAAAAUUAUGUUGAAUAAAAAUGAAGAUUGAAUGUCUUUUGAAAUAAUUAUAAAACAUAAAUGGAAUUGAAAAAAAAGACAAUAGAAAUUUAAAAAUCGAUUAAUAAAUUAUUAGCUGGUGAUAGAUAAAUAUCUAUGAUAAAAAAGAUAUCAUAUUAAUUAAAAUAAAUAUAUAAUUAAUGACUAAAAAACAGUGAAAAAGUUACUAAAAAAUUAAUCUCAAAAUUAAAAAUAAAACAAACACUUAUAUUUAAAUAAUUAAGAAAAAAUAAUAAUAAAUAAAUAAAUAAAUACUAAAUAAUUCUUUAAUUUAAAUAAUUAAAAUAAUUUAAUAAUUUUAAAAUGAGCUUAAUCUCCCUCCUAAUUAUAUGUUAAAAUAACUUAUUUAUUAAAUAAUUUUAUAUUUGCUUAAACUACUCAUUUAUUUUAUUUAUUAUUUUGUAAAGUAUUUUUAUAUGGUUAGUUACUUUCUUUUAUAAGGAAAUAUUAUUUUUUUAAAAUUGGUGUCAGU